GGCAGAGCAGAGGCAGAAGGGGAGAUGAGCACAAGGCAGGUGGUAGUGGACAUGCCCACCGGGGCCAGCUCCAGCAUGCCCCUCCAGAGGCAUAGGGCAUCCUUCGGGGGAACAUGGUCAUCAUCCUCCCUGGAUAGCCCCCCAGCCUCCAGGACCAAUGCCAUGGGUGGUCUCAUCCGAGCACCCAGAGUCUAUGUAGGGAUGGCGCCCAGUGGGUACACAAGUGGCCUGGGCACUCGAGUGACACGCCGGGCCCUGGGCAUCAGCAGUGUUUUUCUGCAGGGCCUGCGAAGCUCAGGUCUGGCCACAGCACCAGCUCCAGGUCUGGAGAGGAACCUCAGUACCGUUGAAGACCUGGGGGGUUGCCUGGUGGAAUACAUGGCCAAGGUUCAUGCCUUGGAGAGCGUCAGCCAGGAGCUGGAGGCACAACUGCGGAUGCACCUGGAGAGCAAGGCCACACGCUCAGAAAGCUGGGGAGCCCUCAGGGCCUCUUGGGCCAGCAGCUGCCAUCAGGUGGGUGAGGCAGUCCUGGAAAAUGCCCAGCUCAUGCUUCAGACAGAGAAUAUCCAGGCGGGUGCGGACGACUUUAAAGAGAGAUAUGAAAAUGAGCAGCCAUUUCGAAAGGCAGCGGAAGAGGAAAUUAACUCGCUGUAUAAAGUCAUUGAUGAAGCUAAUUUGACAAAAAUGGAUCUGGAGAGUCAAAUAGAAAACCUGAAAGAAGAACUUGGCUUUCUGUCAAGGAGCUACGAAGAGGAUGUGAAAGGGCUGUACAAACAGUUGGCAGGAUCUGAGCUGGAACAAAUGGGUGUUCCCAUCGGCACUGGUCUGGACAACAUCCUCGAGACCAUCAGGAUCCACUGGGAGAAAGAUGUCGAAAAGAACCGGGCGGAAGCAGGAGCCUUGCUCCAAGCCAAGCAACAGGCAGAGAUGGCCCGCAUGGCGCAGACCCAGGAAGAGAAGCUGGCCGCUGCCCUCAGGCUGGAGCUACACAACACUUCGUGCCAGGUCCAGAGCCUCCAGGUGGAGACAGAAUCCCUGCGGGCCCUGAAACGAGGCCUGGAGAACACUUUGCACGACGCCAAGCACUGGCACGACAUCGAGCUCCAGAACCUGGGCGCUGUGGUGAGCCGGCUGGAGGCAGAGCUCAGGGAGAUGCGCUCUGAGGCCGAACAGCAGCAGCAGGCUCGCGAGCAUCUGCUGGCACACAAGGCGCAGCUGCAGAGGGACGUGGCGUCCUACCACGCCCUGCUGGACAGGGAGGAGAGCGGGUAA